AUGGAUAAGCCUUUUGGCGAGAUCUACGAGUACAUCUACGAAGAUGCCGUUGACAUACCAUCCGUGAAACCCUUCCCUCAAUUCUCUCUACUCCCCCCUGAGUUACGAAUCAUGAUCUGGGAGAAAGCCGUGCCUCGUCGAGCCAUCUCACUCAUGCUCGACGAUGACGAAGAAAUAACUCCGUUGCCUCCCCCGGCUAUCGCCCACGUCUGUCGCGAAUCGCGAGGAGUUUACCUCAACCACUACACCAAAGACCCGUUCGUAGCCCUCGGCUGGUUCAACCACGCAACAGAUAUCUUCAUCUGGAAACCCAUCCCCGACCUCCUCUUCAAAAUCCACUGGCUCUUCCGCGACGACAACUUCUUCCACAACCUAACCUCCCUAACCCUGCACGACGCCUGCUCCAGCAGCUGGGUCGAAGACCUGCACGACGCAGCAGAAUGGGACCCGAUGCGCGCGUACGCGUCGUGGCGACUGCCAGAGGACCAGGACCCCACGGGCCUGCGGUUCAUCUUCCGCUUCGUGCAGGAGGAGCGCUGCGCGCUGCGCACCCUCAACAUCUUCAACCACACGGCGCGCUCGCGCGACACGUUCACGCUGCGCUCGAGUCUUUUGUCGAUUCCCAUCGCGGCGAUGUUUGGCGUGGACUCCGUUGUGACGGUUGAUAUGACGGAUACGCAGGAAGUGGCGCGAGUAGCGGAUGUCUUGCGGACGGAUGAGUGGGAUAACACGCGCGCGUGCGUCAACGGACUCACGCGCAUCGAGCGCGAGCUCGAUGCGGAACAGCGUCGCGCGCAUUGGAAUGGGCUGUGGUUCGACUACAAGCUUGCGUGGCUGUCGGAGAUCUACCAGCGGGACAAUGUCCGCGGGCUUCCUGAUGAUCCGCCUGAUGUGGACGGCUGGGACCACGAGAGUUUGAUGUUCCGGCUUAAUUGGGAUGAGAGUGAUCCCGUGGUUAAGAAGUGCCUGCGCAAGAUGCCGGAGAUAAAGUUCGUUUAUGUCAUUUUGACGCAGAAUUAG